AUGGAAGAGUCUGGUACGAGGAGUUCGGCCAGAUUCAUUCGACCUGUUGAAGAGGCCGUGAGGGGGGCUCUGAAGAAUGCAGAUUGGGACCCCCUCAUCCCCAAGGCUGGUAAGGGGAAGAAGGCCCCGGCCGUGAGUCCUCGACCGAGCAAGCCGGCAGCGGCCGUACCCAGGGUGGCAGCCCCCUCUUCGGUUAGAGCAGCGGUCGCGACCUCAACGACAGCCCCGACCCCCAGAGCGCCGACUGUAGCGGGGGCGCAAAAGGCUUCGGCGCACAGGGCCGUGCCAUCCGCCCCGCCGGCUCCACCGAUCGCUGCCGUUGCCCCGGGUCGCAAGAGGGAUCUAGAGGCCUCAAGUACUGAGGCCGCAGCUGUUGAGGCCAAGCAGGCCGAAAGUGUUACUGUUGAGACGGCGGUGCUAGAGCGGCCGAGAAAAAGGGUCCUCCUUGUUCUUCUGGAGGCUGAGGACGAGGAAGAAGUCCCUUCGGUGAUUGUGAGUAAAACCCCUCUCAUGACCGGCGAGGCAGUGGCCAAGGAGUUGGCCGCCGCCGAGAUAGCAGUUGAGGGGGCGGCCACUGCUGAGGUGGCGGAAAAGCCGGAUGCCGAGGCAGCAGUUGCAGAGGCGCCAGCCACUCAGGAAGCCGCCGUGAACGUGCUAGACGACGAGGUCCUUACCGUGGACCCGGCGCAGGCCACCCUGGUGGAAGUCCCUUCGGCCACUUCUGCCGUGCCUACCUUGGCCGUUACCGCGUCCGUCAAGCCGUUGGUGUCCACUCCUCGUCACCCAAGCGGCAUUGUGAUCCGUUCGCCUCCCCGGUCGUUGCUGCCGCUACCCACGGUCGCUGUGAGCAUGCCUCCGGCGCUGUGGUCCCAGGACUCGACGGUAGUGACUGAGCGUGCAGGGGUUGAGGCUACAGCCACUGAUGCGCCGAGCCUACCGCCUGUCUCUUCGGCGGCCCUGACCGAGCUUGUGGUCGUAGAUGUUCCUGGUGCUCCGUCGGCCGCUGAGGUGAGACUUUCACCUUUUUCUUCCUUAUGCCCUAGCUGUUUGUUUCUCUCUUGUCUUAACUCUCCUUCUCAUUUUCCGGAUACCCCCUCCUUUGAUGACCUCGAGGACUUAUACGCCAGCUUGCACGAAGAAGGAGGCGGCUCGGCCCCGGCUCCUUUGGACGAGGAUUCCAAGGCCAUUGCUAAGAAGUUGAGAGAAUUCCUUUUCUUUGGGGUGCACCGGAUGACCUCGGCCGAGGCUUUCUUGGCGUUCAGGUUGUGUUUGGACACGGCCAUGGCUAUGGGUCUGCUGGACUUGGCUCAACUGGAUGAGCUACAGGCAUGUCUGGCCGAGGGUGAGGAGAUGAUCGGCCGAUAUGCUGAGGCCAACAUGAGGAUGACCGAGGGGUGCUCGCUCGAGCAAGAGCUGAUGUGA